AUGCUCCUCGUGUCGCGCGACGCGAGGGGACGCGAGAGCUCUGUGCGGGAGCUGACGCAGUGGCUGCCGCCGAACGAGCGCAAGUGGGCGACGGGUCUUUCUGCCCGUGACGACGAACAGGAGCGUCUGGUGGAGAUGGACGAGCAGCUCACGGAGUUUGUUGACUAUCAUGCGACGGAGAUGGAGAGCUUGGACGUCGAGCCGAGCCAGGACUUUGAUGGAGAUGAGGAAGCGUGUGACCUUGCGGAUCAGUCGUCUCAGUACAUGCAGUCGUGUUCGUGGGAAGACGUGACGGAUGUAAACGAGAUCCAGGAAGACGCGUCGGAAGUGUUUGACGACGUUAUUUAUGCCCCGCAGCGUACUCCAGUCCCGAAUGGGAGUAGCAGCACGUCGAUGUCCUGCAGACCGCACGAACGAAGGGCGUUUACCUGCCCUUCGUAUCUGGCGAAGGCCAAGGCCAUUCCCGAAGAGGACAAAGUUGUUGACCGACGUAGUGGAGACGGCAAAGGCUCGUUGAGCGAUGCGUGUUGCGCUGGUGAUGCGACAUUUACCAAAGCCACGAGCGGGUUCCCAACGAGCGGUGUUGCUUCUGUUGGCGGUCCUUCCUGGCAAGAUGGCUCUGACGACGCAACCACUGCCGUCCGAUUGAGCGGCAGCGGUACGAGGCCGGUCGUGGCGUCUGAGCCUCAAUGGGAACAGCGACGCUCGGUCAAGCGUGAUUGCUCUUUCCUCGAUAACUCUCGCAGCUGCUCCGUGAACGGGCGGCAGCUGCUCACGACAGCCACCGCGACGUCCGCCACGAUGGACGAGUCAUGCGGUGGCAGGGUGAUUGAGCUCAAGGACGGCUGUUUCGACUCGAGUGAGGGUUUCCAAGGAGGGGGUGCCGAGGCCCCUCGCAGCCAUUCGUCGUUUCAGACGGACGCGAUACCUGCUGCCUCGUCCUCCCUGCCUGGUGGUACAAGUUGGUCGAUGGGUUUCCAGCCGCGAUUGCCGCGAAAGCGACGAAGAGCUGAUCAACUGACGCUCGACCGCUUUUUCCAGCCGAGACCGUCGUCGACAAAGUGA